AUGACUCAGAGCGGUGGACCAGAAGACGGAUCUUCGGAUCUCAAGGCGUCUGCUAGUGGCGAAGGCGAAACCAACGGUACCAAGGACCACGGAGGCAACAAGACGUCCCCUGAUGUGAACCAGAGGACUGAUAGAAACGACAAGGCUAUAAUGGAGGGAGGGAUGUCACCCACUCCUCAUAUGCAGGCUAACUCGUAUCUGCAGGGGUAUCCAGCUCACCUCACCCCACAGCCAGGUCAAGGUUAUUACCCUCUCGGUUACCAGCAGUCUCAAGUCACUCCAGAACCACCUUCUCCAGCUGGUCCAGGAGCGACGGCUGUAUACGACGUAGGAUCUUUCUUCCAGCAGCCUGCUGCAUUUCAUAACAGCCCAUUUGUUCCGCAAACGCCCUUGUCGCCAAGGCGUACAGCAGCGAUGGCUGGAAUUCCUCCUGCUUCCCCGCUCUUUCCCAGAGUUUCUACCACUACUGGAGCUACUGGCUUAAUGCAUGCAGGAGGAAUAGAGCAACGGAUCAUGGAAGGACACCGUGGUGGUGGUGCUCCACCAAGCCCAUCUGUCCCUUAUCUUUCGCCUCCCUUGGGUCCAAAUUCAAUGUAUCAAAGCUAUCCUACUAAUGGAAUCGGUUCUCAAGCCGACUCCCCUGAAGAUAUAUCUGCUUGGGGCGAUAGAACCCAGCAGACAAUGUUUCCUCCAGGCUCACCUCAAGUGAAUGCCCAAGGCUUGCCCGUUCCUUACGUACCAGGUAUGACACGGACUGCAAAUGCAGGACGGUCUUAUUCCUUCGAAGACACUAUGCUCCCGCCCACUGCCGAUCAGCAAGACCAAGGCAAUCAAGGUUACUCGCCAUACGGAAACAAUCAAACAAGCUCUGGGGCGGCAGGAGGGACACUUUUUGCACAUCAACAGCCCUGGGGAUACCCUGGUGGACCAGGCGAUAUCUAUGGCACACCUGGUUCUCCCUUGCAGCCAAGACCCGCGGCGCAAAUGCCUGUCUACCCAGGUCAAAUGGGCGGUGGAAUGCGACAAAUGGGAUUGUACGGACAGUAUUAUCCUGCCACUUCUCCUGGGCCGCCUAUCCAAACGACAGAAUCCAACAAAGGCCCGGAUGGGGCAAAUCUGUUUAUUUUCCACAUACCGAAUCACUUCACCAAUCUUGAUAUGUAUCAGUUGUUUUGUCCUUAUGGGAACCUUUUGAGUGUACGCAUUAUGGUAGAAAAAGAUACAGGCCGAAGUCGGGGUUUUGGGUUCGUUUCAUACGAUUCUCCUGCUUCGGCAGCGCUCGCCAUUAAAGAGCUAAAUGGCUUUGCAAUCGGCAACAAGAGGCUGAAAGUACAACACAAGCAGAUACGACCAUCAGAUCAACACCGAGACAAUUCGCAAGGUUUCUACGGUGGUGGUGGGGGAGGCGAUGGUGGUUUCCAACGCCAUGGAUAUGCUUCUCAUUUGCCACCUUCGGGACCAAUGGCAGCCCAAAACAUGGGUCCUCCCGCUUCACCAUGGUUGACACAGCCGCCACAACCUACUGUGCCGACAGGGGACGAAGCUGGUGUAGGAGUAGGACAACCUGUUCUCAACCCUGACACCGGCGCUUCCAAUCCACCAGGAGUUGAUGGCUCUGAUCCAUCAGCCGGACCGUUGUCGCCGCUGGCAAGUCUUGAUACUAUUCGCAACGCCUUGCCUGAUGUUCCGGGAAACGAGUAG